AUGGCUUGGGUGGCAGCAGCUCUGUGGUGGUACUUUAUUUCUAAAGGUGUGGAGGACCUCGACACUGUGUUCUUCAUCUUACGCAAGAAGUUCAGCCAAAUCAGCUUCCUGCACGUCUAUCACCACUGCACCAUGUUCACUCUGUGGUGGAUCGGCAUCAAAUGGGUCGCCGGUGGACAGUCGUUCUUCGGGGCUCAUAUGAAUGCAGCCAUCCAUGUCCUGAUGUACUUGUAUUAUGGGCUGGCCGCAUUCGGUCCAAAAAUACAGAAAUAUCUGUGGUGGAAGAAGUAUCUGACCAUCAUCCAAAUGGUCCAGUUUCACGUCACCAUCGGCCACACGGCUCUGUCGCUGUACUCCGACUGCCCGUUCCCUAAGUGGAUGCACUGGUGUCUGAUCGGAUACGCCCUCACCUUCAUCAUCCUCUUUGGGAAUUUCUAUUAUCAGACGUAUCGCCGCCAGCCCCGCCGCGAGACCGCGGCCAAACCCGGCAAAGCCCUUCAUAACGGAGCCUUUUACGGAGCCCUGGCCUCCAGUAACGGAAACGCCGGCAAGACGGACGAGAAACCGGCAGCGGCCGAGAGCGGCAGGAGAAAGAGGAAGGGAAGAGCGAAGCGUGAUUAAAACGGCGACAGGUUAAAGGUCAGGAGCUGUUCGCACGCCUGCGGUCAAUCCCUCAUGGUUACCAACAAACAGUAUGACUGCAGAGAGAGAGAAAAGAGCCUAGAUGUAGAGAGACUGAACAAUAUCUUUCCUUACCGUCCUCCUUAAAGGCACAGUUCGCCCAAAAAUCAUUUACUCACCCUCAAGUGGUUCCAAACCUGUACGAGUUUCU